CCCUACCGCUGUAAUGUAAACAGUCCUGACACACCCGUGGAAACACACUCGAGUCGAGAGCUCCUGGAAUUCUUCAGUCAGACGAUGCAUGUGGUCCUGGUCAGUGUGUUUCUGCUCCAGCUGUUCUGAGAACGAAAUGUGCUGCUUUUUGUAAAUGCAAGAGGGUUGAACAUAGCUGGCGGUUGUAGCGGUUCACGGUUUGCUCCAGUGACUUGCAGAUUGGAAAAGUUUCUUUUAAGGAGUUUCUUCUCUUGACAGUGAAUUAUGCAGAACUCGGGAGGAAAAUGAAACUCGACAGACGUUUAUGACGGGGUUGUAGGUGUGCAUCAUAUUUGGAUUAAACUUCUGGAAGUUGUGAGCCAGACUUCCCCAGAGCCCUUCCCUUGUAAGGAUCAUGGUCAGAAAAGGACUUUGUGUUUCGUAGCAGUGUGUGCCUAUGUCGGAUUCUCCAGUACGUUUCUACAAGCUCAAGGGCUGAUAUGAAUAAAGUCGAGUCGUGGUCUGAGGAGGAGGUCUCGCUCUGGCUGACCGAUCAGGGUUUGCAGGAAUACUCUGAACCACUGAGAAAUCUAGACGGACAGGCUUUAUUAAAUCUUACCACGGAGGACUUCAAGAGGCCAUCCCUCUCCAGGGUCACGUCAGAUGGGGGUCUGUUGCUCCUGGAAAAGAUAGAGACUCUUAAGAUUGAACAUCACAUCGAUGUUCACAAGAAUGGACAUGCCAAUGGGCACAUGGUGUUGAAUCAUAACGGGAAUGCUGGGAUCACCGGCAAGGCUCCGCGGAAUGGCGUGGUGAAUGACUUCCACAAGGAACUGGUGCAGAUUACCAUACCCGAGCCAGCUUCUCCACAGUUCCCUCCCGAAUGGGGAAAGAGCGCCGUGGCUCUUGUCUAUGCCUUAUGCUGCUUCGUCUUCACCACCGUCAUUAUUUCUGUGGUCCAUGAACGUGUGCCUCCUAAGGAGGCAACUCCACCUCUCCCUGACAAGUUCUUUGACUUUUUUGACCGGGUGGAAUGGGCUUUCUCUGUAUGCGAGAUCAACGGAAUGAUUCUGGUGGUCUUGUGGAUCAUACAGUGGAGUCUCUUAAAACACAAAUCAAUUGUCGGUCGCCGCUUCUGUUUCAUAGUCGGGACGCUUUACCUCUACAGGUGCAUCACCAUGUACAUCACUACUCUACCUGUGCCUGGCAUGCACUUCAGAUGCUCUCCGAAGCUGUAUGGCGACUGGGAAUCUCGGAUACGGCGGGUGAUGAAAUUGAUCGCAGGAGGGGGUCUGACCAUCACAGGCUCCCAUAACUUGUGUGGAGACUACUUGUACAGUGGCCAUACGGUCAUGCUCACCCUCACUUAUCUCUUCAUGAAGGAGUAUUCUCCGAGAAGGUUCUGGUGGUACCACUGGGGCUGCUGGGCGAUGUGUGCAAUAGGAGUGUUCUGCAUUCUUCUUGCUCAUGACCACUACACGAUUGAUGUUGUUGUGGCCUACUUCAUCACCACACGUCUCUUCUGGUGGUAUCACACAAUGGCUAACCAACAAGCUCUCAAAGAGACGUCCCAGACCAACUUUUUCACCCACGUGUGGUGGUACAGAUUUUUCCAGUACCUGGAAAGCAAUGUUCCCGCCGUCGUCCCCCGCAGCUACCAGAAGCCCUUCUCGUGGAGAUCGCUGCAGUGGGGUCACGUGAAGUACACACGGAUAGAUUCAGACUGACUGACGUGCAAAUUUGGAAGUUGGUCUCCAAAACAUGUGCCCAAAGUGCCGGAACAAGCCUGACAUUGUAGCCAAUCCCUUUAACUAACAGACUAGUCAUCCAAAGCUUGUCAUUCCUCUGUGCUGUUCUCACAGGAUUGAUUUUUGGAUGUACAACUUAUCACGAAUGGGCCUAAGAAUGGAGACAAAACCAUGGACGGGGAUAAGCAAGUGGCUUGCGAUGGCCUGUGAUAUCAUCUUACGUCAAUAAAAAAAAUAUAUAUAUAUUUUCCCGAAUAACUUGACAGUGUCUCCAAGUAUCUUUGCACCUGUUUACAGGCAUAAAGCCAUCAUCUCAAGAUAUUUUUGUUAACUCAAGCAAUUUUUUGACGCAUUUAAUCUGAGCAAGUUUUGUACAGUUUCUAGUCGUUUGCUGUCAGAGAAGGUUUAUAUGAAUAUAAUUUGUAUUUUUUUAACUAAUUCUUUGUUUUUGUUUUUUCUAAACAUCGAAUGCUCCUCCUCAGUGCCUUAAUAGUUCGGGAACGUUGUUCUGGCAGUCAACUGCAGUGUAUUUAUGUUCGUUCAAAGACAAUUCUAGUGUUUUGGACUAUAUUCAGGGUGGUCAUGCUGUAACCACAUAUGCUUGAAACAGAACUCACCUCGUCGCCCGAAUGUAACAAUCCUGCUCGCUUUGAAGAGUAUUUCCAUGACAGUGUCAGCAAAGCUAAUUUGGUUGUCCAUAACCAUUUCUCUGAUGUUGUGUUCGGAAAGUAUUUAUUAAUGUCUUUGUAUCAUAUUUUGUCAGACAGCUGGUGCUUUAUGGUUCUUACUGAACUCCAGGUCUCUGCAGGUUGUGCUGGGUUUGAAUGACAAGAACGAUGUGACCCGAUCCAUCCUCUCUGAAAGCCAGAACAGAUGUUCUGUCCAAUUGACCACCCUAUUCAACAAGCUGCUAUUGUGAUGUAACAGUAGGAGGUGUUCGUUCAUUGACAAACAAAUAAAUGACAAAUAUUAGCACAAAAA